AAUCGUUGUCGUAUACCAAUCCAAUUAUUUUCUUUGGCUUAUAAUCCCAGGACAUACAACUAAACUUCAAGGGAGCUUAGAAGAAUGGCUAUGGAGACCCAGAAGUGCUUUCUGCUUCUAGUGCUGUUUCUUUACGUAUAUAUUUCUGCGACACACAAUUCAGUCGGCGCAGAAGCGAGGCCUCUCCCCGUUGUUCCUCAACAAAAGCCAACCAAGUUUUUGGCGACGCUUGGAGUUGUCUGUAAGUGUUGUGAUGGAAGUGGGCGUGAGUGCUCUGUUACAUGGACAGAUCCCUGCUCCAACCUCCAGUGUGAGCCUUGGAAACUGCAUCAGAACCUUCAUGCACAAUCUUAACUUUGGCGUGUAAAUAUCUUCAGUAGUAGAGCCUAAAGUAGUUCAUGUUUAUUUAGUCCAAUUAUGAAUGUCAUCAGAUUUGAGUUUAAUUCCUGGUUCUGAUUUUGCCUGGAUCUCGAUGGGGUAAAAAACAUGUUAAUGUGCCCAGGACAGGGAUACCCAAGACUUUAUCGGAGACUUGAUGCAGUUGAAAAAUAAUAUGCACAAUAUCAAGUAUGUUACCGUGAUUAUAAUUGAUUUUUUUUACUCUGCAAGUCUCAUGAUGUAACUUGUUUAAUAUAAGUCAAGUACGGUAAGAUUGUAUUGUGUGUAUAACCUCUACAUGUGGAUUACUAGGGCAAUUAAAAUGUGGAUUAGAAAUUAAGUGUCUGUUUCAUUUUUCUUGCUUUUCUAAUAAAAGUUCCGAUAUAUGUUUUACUGUAUUGUUUGCUGUUUUGGAAAAUUUUCCAUGAAGUUAGACUCAGUCAAAGAAAGGGUGUUGUAUUAGUGGACAAUAAAGAUGAGUGACUCUU